AUGGAGACGACGUUCCUGUCGACAGCGAAACACGCCAUCCCGUCACACAUUCCUGACCUCGCCACUCUCGCCCGCUUCGUCUUGGUCACGCACAACGACCUACCCGACGCCAUCGCCUUCGUGCCCGCCUUGUGCCGCCUGAUAGCCAUCGCACUCUUCAUCCCAGUCAUUGCACUCGCCGUCGUCGACUUGAUAGGAUGGGUUGCGUUCAAGGCGAUCCUGCGGCCGCUGGGCUACGCUCACACCAUCCGCUUCAAGGACCCUGAGCCGCCGUCGAUGCGCGUCCACGCCCAGUCGGGUACCCCGAACCACUCGCCUACGUCCGCGCCCGAAGUCCUCCCUUCCUCGUCCGAGUCGUCGUCCGGCUCGAGCGACGCCUUCCCCUCGCCCGCCUUCUCCGACUCGAUGCCCUUGCCCGACUCGUCCAGCACAGGCGAGUCGACCGAUCCCGCCGGAUCACGUCGCCGGUCCUCCUCCUCGUCCACCUACAAGAAGCCGCAUUACCGCCGCACCCGCACGGGAUCUACCGCCUCCUCCGCAGGGUCAGACGACGAGUCGUACACCUUCCGUCGGAUGGCACGCGACCGUGCUCCGUCAAUUGGAUUGGACGGCCCGCUGUUCGGCGACGAGACGGACGGGCAGACGACUCCUGGCGGGGAGAGCGACGCGAGUGAUUACCUCACGUCGCAGGGAUCGCCGGCGACGAGGUUGCGCGAGUUGAAGGGCGAUGGGGUGCCGAAGGGCGGGUUCAAGUUGGGCUUGACGCAGGUGCAGAGUCGUGCGGCGACGUCUGCUGCGUCCGACUGA